AUGGAGAUCCUCUUUCUGGUGGUCUACACCGUUGAGAUCGUGAUCCGGCUCAUUGCGCACAAGUGGAAAGCCUUUAAGGAUCCUUGGUUCGACUUUGACUUGAUCUUGGUCGUCUUGAGCUUUAUCGGUCAGAUCUUUGCUACCGUGCUGACCGUCCCAUCCAUCAUCCAACAGGUCUUGGUCUUGAGGGCUUUGCGGUUGCUCCGCUUGAUCCGCGCCGUCCGCAUGAUCAAGCAGAUGCGAACGAUUUGGCGCUUGGUCUCCGGUUUGCUCACUUCCUGUAACACCAUGUUGUCGACCAUGGCACUCUUGCUGCUGGUGUUGUACAUCUUCGCCAUUUUGGGCAUCGAGAUGAUCGCCAACGACUCAACCUUGAAAGCAGACACUCUGACAGGUCCGAUCAUUGAAAAGAGCUUCAGUAGCCUGUGGAUCUCCUUUUGGACGCUGACCCAAUUCGUCACCAUGGAUUCCAUCGCAUCGAUCUACAUCCCGUUGAUCGAGAAGAAGUGGGAGCUCAGCAUCUAUUUCACCCUAUUGGUGGUGAUCGUCUCCAUCUCCUUGAUGAACCUGGUGACCGCGGUUUUGGUGGAGGGUGCCCUCGAGCACGCGCGACAAGAGAAAGAGGAAGAGAUCCUGAUGAGCAACGAGAAGGUCAAACUGAUGAUUCCACAGCUAAAGCAGCUUUUUGAAGACUUGGACAAAGACAACAGCGGGGAUUUGCACCAGGCAGAGAUUGAACAAGCCGAGAGGGAGGGCCGCGUCGUAGUGCCGGAACACAUCUUGGACAAAGCCUCCGUGGGAAGCAUGACUGAGCUGUUCUUGAAUUUGGACGUGGACAAGUCGGGCAAGUUGACGUGUGCAGAGUUCAUCGAGGGCUGCAUGAACAUUUUCUUGCUGGACAUCCCUGUCCGUGACAUGAUGAUGAUGAAGAUGAUCCGCUUACUCCGCCACGGUGUGAUGAAGAUCGAAGGUGAGAUCAGGGACCUUAAGCGCAGCAUGGUACUUGCGAGCAGCGCCAAGUGA